AUGGAGGAACUUGCAGAGGUAAAAAUAGUUCUUCUCAGGUUACUGGUGAAGUCCACAGGUGGGAGGAGGAUCCGGGGGGAGUGCUCUGGAUGGGAGAUCCGGGAGGACACGGCUGCUGUAUGGGGACCAGUUCAGAUGCAGGAAUGUUCCGGGACACCUCCUACCAGUAAACACAAAGAGUCCGUCAUGACGAGUAAAAUGGUGGUGAGGCAGCCCCAGCCUGUGAUGGAGGCCCAGGACUCGGACGAGUGGGGAUCGGAGAUUUGUGACUGCUGUGAUGAUAUCCCCCAGUGUUGUUUCGCCUUCUGGUGCUGCCCCUGCUUUGCCUGCAUCACCUCCAGAAAAUACGACGAGCCCCUCUGCCUGCCCCUGCUGGACAUCUUCAGUGGCUUCAUACCGGCCAUCACCAUGUCCACCAGGGUCUCCAUGAGACACCGCUACGGCAUCAGAGGCACUAUGUGUAGGGACUGUGUGUACUCCACCUUCUGCGCACCCUGCUCCUGGUGUCAAAUGGCCAGAGAGAUUGAAAGGAGAAAGAUCCCAAUCGUUAUGGUCAAGGCCAGAAACACAUGACCUCAUCGUCACCAGCAGGGAGGAGCCCCGCGUUCACAAAUAAACCUCAAUAAACCUCAAUAAACCUCAAUAAACCUCAAUCUGAACACCAGCCUGACGCCUCGUCAGUGGAAGCAGAAAUGCUGACAACAUACUGACAAUAUGAAUGAAUGCUGACAAUAGGAAUGAAUUAAAUCUGAAUUAAUAAGGCAUAUUGAGAAUUUACGUGUAUAUGAUAUGCAUUUAUUCAUGUAUUUUGUUAUGUGAACAAAGAAAUAAAUGUUAUUGAACUGU